AUCCUGGCGCCUACUGCAAAAGCAACAGAGAUUGCAUGACGAUGUCGAACGCUGAAUGCGUUCAGGGCACCUGCCAGUGUAAACAAAACUAUCUUUCGGACGUGAAGAACGCCUCCAACUGCUUCAUCAAACCAUCGAAGCCUGGAGACUUCUGCCAACGUCGUGACGACUGCGAGGAGAAGAUGCUCAAGGGAGUCUGCGAGAACGAAAGGUGCAGGUGCAUGGGGGACUAUCGAUUCACUAAUGAAACAAACACUUGUGUUCAAAUUAGAGGAAUCUAUCAGCCAUGCACGUUUCAUUACGAGUGCCACGACCCGAAAAUCCCUGAUGCUCUCUUCUGUCAGAAUAGAGAGUGCCGAUACACAACGAAAUAUCUCGAUUCAGACACUGGUUUCUCCACAUUUUGAAGGUUAUGAUGUUGCGGAGAGAAAUGGCAGUUUGGUCAUCUACGUUCAAGGUCUCAUCAUUGUCUUCAUGACCAACACCUUCUUGAGGAAGAUCUUCUUUGGCAAUCUGAGGGCCGCUGAACUCGAGCACCUCGUGGAAAAAGCCUGGUACGCCGUAACCGAGACCUGCCUUGCAUUCACAGUCUUCAGGGAUGACUUCAGUCCCAAGUUCAUUGCAUUAUUCACGUUAUUACUGUUUCUCAAAUCGUUCCACUGGCUUGCCGAGGAUAGAGUCGACUACAUGGAAAGGAGUCCAGUGAUCACGUGGCUAUUUCACCUACGUGUAGCUACACUACUCAUUCUUCUAUCGUCCAUAAAUUUAACUAUGAUUGAGUAUGCUUACGACUCUACACUAGCAAAAGGUGCAUCUGUGCAGUUGGUAUUUGGAUUUGAAUACGCCAUUCUACUGACUGUUGUACUGAAUAUUAGUGUCAAGUACAUUCUGCAUACGAUUGAUCUUCAGAAUGAUAGCCCGUGGGAGAAUAAGCCUGUUUUGUUAUUAUACACUGAAUUGGUGAUUGGAUUAAUUAAGGUCAUUCUCUACGUCGCCUUCGUCACAGUAAUGGUGAAACUGUACACCCUGCCCUUAUUUGCGGUUCGACCGAUGUACUACACCAUGAGAACAUUCAAGAAAGCGUUCCAGGACAUUGUCAUGUCUCGAAGGGCAAUCAGAAACAUGAAUACGUUUUAUCCAGAUGCAACAGCGGAGGAGCUCGCGGCUGCUGAUAAUGUCUGCAUUAUUUGUCGGGAGGAGAUGGUCUCAGCCAGUAAAAAACUCCCCUGCAAUCAUAUUUUCCAUACUGCAUGCUUGAGAUCGUGGUUCCAGCGUCAACAGACGUGUCCCACGUGUCGGUUGAACAUCCUCAGACCUGCUACACCCACCACUGAUAACAGACCGCAGAAUCAAGGACAGGGGACGAAUCCAACACCUCAGCAAGGACAGACUCCAAUUAGUAAUCAAGAGGGUCCACGAGCAGAGCCAAUAACUCUGGCCAACCUCCGAGCUGCUAUGGGUCAGACAACUCCAUUUCCGCCCGAAGGAAUGCCAUUCUUCGCUCCACCAUUUCCAAAUGUCGUCCCAUUUCCACCAGUGCCAACUCCACCACCCAAUCUAACUGCUCUGAGUGAAGACGAACUCAGGGCGAUGGAGGGGAACUUGAGACAGGCUGUUGAAACAAGGAUAGAAACUCUCCAGAGAGUUCAACUACUCUUAGAUGCUGCCAAUGCCAUGAUGAAUCAGUAUCACACUGCGGCAGCUACUGCCAACAUCCCAAUGCCACCAACGCCGAGUCCCCCACACCCUCAGCCACAACCAGCCACAGCAGCAGCCCCCCCGGAUCCCCCGAAACCCCCAGGAUUCGUCUUCACGUCGCCGACGGUUGACCCCAAUUCCACGUCGUCGACUGCCAACGCCUCGAGCACGAGCAGCGGUGGCAGCGAGCCAACUCCAUCAACAUCUUCAACUCUGCAGGAACAAGACGAUGAAGCAACGGUCCUCAGACAGAGACGACUCCAGAAAUUCACAGUACCGUCGACGGAGCAGUAAAAUAAUGGAGUGAAAAAAAAAAGGAAAAGCACUUGUCUUGGAAAAUUGGAGAUUUUGUUGAUCCUGAUCGCUCCUGGCAGGCGUUCAGUCAUCGAAAUACUAAGGAAUGAGGACAUAAUGUUGCGAGUGUGAAAAUCUAGGGAAAUAAUUAGCUGAUAAUUGAUUCAGUGGUCGAGUGGAGGGAUAAUUAAGCCUGAGAACUCAUUAAUUAGGAGCCUCGUUGAUUAACGGGCCAUCCCACUGAAAAAAACCAUAAACAUUUUUUGUACAGAAUUUUAUGAUCUGUAAAAAAUGCUAUUGACAUUUUUUUCUAAAUUUAAUAGUUUUGAAGGUAUUUUCGAAAUUCGCAAUCUAUCGAAAAAAAAUCUUAAUUAAAAAAAUGGAAAAAUGAAAAUAUCUUCAAGAAUAAGGAAUUCUGGGUAAAAUGUCAUACGACACUUUUUGAGUAGAAUUUCAUUCCCUAUGAAAACUCUCUUAUGACAUUUUUUCAUAGAUCCAAUCGUUAUCGAGAUAAAUUAACAUUUGUGGUCAUAAAUCGAAAUUUCACUCAACCACUGAAUCCAACUCAUUUUCAUUUCUGUUAUUAUAAUUAUUAUUUGUUUAUUCGUGUGUACAUAAUUUGAAUUUUUGAGGUACUAAACAGGUAAUUCUCCUCAUCUUCCAUUCAUAUUUUGCUAUUCUCUUCAAAUUAUCAAUUUAAAAAUGAUAAAAUAAAUAUAUCGAGAGAGUGCUUUAAACUCGUCAUCGAGUAGUACAAUUUUAUUGUAUUUUACUGCGUGCACUCAAUUGUUGUUAAUCAAUACUGAUGAAUAAUGACAGAUGAAUUUAAAUGAAAUGUGUAUAGAAUUCUCAGGUGAUGUUGAGACAUUGUUUUGUGACGUUUGAAUGGAAUAAUGGGGUUAGACUGGUGGGGAUAUGCCAUACGUGUGUAAAAAUUCAUAGUGUUGGUUAUCGCCACGUGUAAUAAACCUAUUUGUCUAUUAAAA